AUGAAGGCAUCGCUGGGCCUAGUGGCGCUGAGUUCUGUCCUGGGAGUCGUUGAUGCCCAGCUUGUGUGGUGGCAUCGCGAUGACGAGCAAACGUACCAUCCUCCUCAGCAAACGGAGCAGCCGCUCAAAGAAUUACUCCAAAAUGCCUUUGACCCGAUGCCGACCCCUCCCCCAAAGGCCUCAAUCUUACAGGCGCGCGCUGAACCCAACAAUACUUGCGGCUUUAUGAGGGGAGAUCCAGACUCGGCUCUGUAUUGUGCUCGUACCGAAUUCUGUGCCUAUCAUGCGUCGCUCUCCCACUAUUAUCUCGGGUGCUGCAAUGAUGAUGGCUUGUCAUGUGGCCUAUGGACGACAUGCCUCGACUCAACGGAAUCGAGUCGAUUUACUCUUGACGGCACGACCAUGCUCUGCGAUGACCCAGAGUUCCCUUACUGCUACACACACAUCUACCGUGACCCCGUCUGGACUGGCUUCACUGUCCUUGGCUGUGGCGUCAGACGCGGAAGAGGUGACAUCUAUUACACCCCGUUGAGGGUGACCGAUUCCAGUAGAAGUGUCAUCUAUACAACAUCAACAACCUCUCGGUCAAGCUCAAGUCGCAGCACUUCUGACCCGAUCUUUUCAUCCUCUUCUACCGAUCCCAUUCCACCGCCUACCCCCCCUCCUGAACCCGAGGAAAACAACACUGGUGCCAUUAUAGGCGGCGUAGUAGGCGGCGUAGCCGCCCUCGGUUUGAUUGGCCUGGUCGCCGUCAUAUUCAUGCGGCGCAAAAAGCAUGAUGACAACCAGCCCAGCCCUCCGGCAGUGCCCGUCGUGUUGCAACAACCGAAUCAGCCUUCUCCUCCCGCCCCGGCUCCGACGAACCCUCACAUGUCCCAGGUUUAUUCUAUCCCAUCUACCAGUCCAGCACAAUCCAGUUUCGAUCCGCGCCAGAGCAUGGCCGCGGGCCAAACCGGCAUCAGCCCCAUGGGGUCUCCGUCACCGAUCAGUCCCACGCCGCCGUCGGCUGCUUUCGGAACGCUGCAAACUACUCCAAGCCCGCAGUCAAGCGAGCAGCAACAACAGCAGCAAUGGAUGCAAACGGGCAAUGUCCUCCCGCAUACGAAUCCGGCGUACGCUUCUGCCGGGUUCAACAUGUAUUCAGAUCCCCAUGCACCGCAGCUGCUUCAGCCCCAGCUGGCUGGGUACGGCCAACCAGUGCCGCAGCAGCAGUCUGUGAACUAUGGGAUUGCUGCUGUUUCUGGCCAGCAGGAGCCAAAGCAGUAUACAGCUUGGCAGUCUGGUCCGGUUGAGUUGCCUACACAGAAUUACAGGUAUGACACGUCGGGGGUGAAUGAGUUGCAUGGAAGCGAGACCUUUGGAGAAGGAGCUGCUGGGAGGGGGAAUGUGGCUCGGCAUGCAUAG